AAGGAGGGAAACGUCUCUGUGGGAUUAGUGUUGGGGUUCUGGACUGUUGGGUGAGGAUCAGGGCCCAGAAGAGACAAAUGACCCAGUACAGGAUGGGGACUCUGCCAGUAGUGCUGCUGGUUUUGGCUUUUUCAUAUGCAACAGAGUCACGAAGUCAUUUCACACGUUACCGCUCAUGGAACUCACGGAUGUAUCCAGUGUGGAAAGAUGGAGAUGCCAGAUUCAGGAACUGCUGGUUUGGUGGCGAAGUAACGUUUGACAUAAGAAAUGAUGCACCCACUCUGACUGGAGCAACGACCACCUUCAGCAUUCAGCUCAACUUCCCGUCCAACCAGACGGUGCAAUCUGACGGCCAGGUCGUCUGGGCGCGGAACUGCACCAUCAACGGGCGACAGUACCAGGAGGGUCAGGCUGUGUAUCAGGAUCAGGGCACCGACCCGACAGGAGUCUUCCCUGAUGGGACCCCCUUCAGAACCAAGGACAGGAAGCCUCGCUAUGUGUUUGUGUGGAAGACAUGGGGGCGUUACUGGCAGGUGGCAGACGGACCUUCCUCCUCCCUCAGCAUCGGUACCAACAACAUCCCCCUGGGCUCCUACAACAUGGAGGUUGUCAUCUAUCACUGCCGCGGCAAAGACAAGUUUGUCCCCCUCGGCUACGCGUCCACCGUCUUCGCCAUCACAGACAAGGUUCCCUUCACCAUAUCCCUCGCCCAGGUCAACGACGUGAACCAGAACGACCAGAGCUUCGUCCAGAACCGGGCCAUCGCCUUUAGCGUCAAGCUCCACGACCCGAGCCAGUACCUCAACAACGCCGACAUCAGCUUCAACUGGGACUUCGGGGACAGCAGUGGAACGCUGAUCUCCAGAGAGCUCACCGUCACACACACAUAUCUGGCUGCUGGGACCUUCAAGCCCCAGGUGGUCCUCACAGCCAGCAUCCCCGACGGCUGCCAGAACCCCACCGCCGUUGCUCCAGCCGAUGGCUCUGCUGCUCCCGCAGUAGUUGUAAUUGACUCCACCCCGGCCGCGGUCCCAGCAGAGGGAGAAGGAGCCACUGCUCUGGACGUUCCUGCUGUGGACACGGCCGUGAACACAGACGAUGGAGGAGCAGUAGAGGUGGAGGUCGCCCCUGCAGAUGUGGACGCGGCCGUCGCUCCGGAGGAGCAGGAUCCUGCCGCCGACGCUGCCGUGGAAGCCGCAGAUGCCACCGCCGCCCCGGCGGCCGAGCUCCCUGCAGACGCCGAAGCAGCCGCCGCCGGCGAGGCCGCGGUGGUGGCGGAGUUCGACGAGGGGAACGUGCCCGUCAUCGACGCGGCUGCUUCCGUCGCUCCUGUCGCCGAGGGAGAAGAGGCAGGAGCUGAGGUUGCAGACACUGUCACAGCUGCUCCUGCUGCGGAGACUGAACAAGACGCUAACAAUGUGGCUGCUGAGGCUGAGGACAAUGCUGCUGUUGUGGAGGCUACUGUGGCUGUUGUCGAUAUUACUGCUGCUCCUGCUGUAGAAGCUGCUGCUACUGCUGCUGCUGACACUGCCCUGGAUGCAGAUGUUGCUGCUGUUGACACUGCCCUGGAUGCAGAUGUUGCUGCUGCUGACGCUGUCCUGGAUGCAGAUGUUGCUGCUGUUGACGCUGCCCUGGAUGCAGAUGUUGCUGCUGCUGACGCUGUCCUGGAUGCAGAUGUUGCUGCUGCUGACGCUGUCCUGGAUGCAGAUGUUGCUGCUGCUGACGGUGUCCUGGAUGCAGAUGUUGCUGCUGCUGACGCUGUCCUGGAUGCAGAUGUUGCUGCUGCUGACGCUGUCCUGGAUGCAGAUGUUGCUGCUGCUGACGGUGUCCUGGAUGCAGAUGUUGCCGCUGAAGCUGCAGCUGUUGACACUGCCGAUGCUACUGCUGCUGCUACUGCCGCCGCAGAGGUUGAUAACGCUGUUGUUGCUGCUGCCGCCACUCAGAUCACAGCUACAGAAGCGGCAGCAGCAGCCGAUGUCGCGGCUGUCGCCGAGGCCGAGGUCGUGGAGGCUGAGAAUGAGGUCGUGGCCACUGCAGCUGCUGCUGAGCAACCAGCAGCCGAGGAAGAGGCUGCUCCAGCUGAGGACGAAGUCGUCGCAGAGGUGGAAACGGAUCCGGCACAGGUCGCCCUCGUUGUGGCCAAAAGACAAGCGCCGGAGCUGGACGUCGACUGCACAGUCUACCGCUACGGGUCCCUCGCCACCUCCGUCGAUGUCGUCCAGGGCAUUGAAAGCGUAGAGAUUGUGGAGGUGGCCAAUGUUGUGGCCGUGGCGACCGAGCUGGAUCAGAACGCCGUGGACAUCACCAUCACCUGUCAGGGAAGUCUGCCCAGUGAGGUCUGCACCGUGGUCUCCGACGCCGACUGUAUCACUCCAGUGGAGACCGUGUGUAAUGCAGUCGCUCCCGCUCCAGACUGUCAGAUGGUCCUUCGUCAGUUUUUCAAUGACUCUGGAGUAUUUUGCCUCAAUGUCUCUCUGACCAACGACGUCAGUCUUGCUGUGACCAGUGCUAGAGUCAGCGUAGCAGUGGCCUCCAGCGGCUCUCCAGCAGGAACAGCCGCCAUCAUCCUGGGUGUGAUGGUGCUCGCCUGUGCGGUGUGCUGCGUUGGCCUGAUGUACAGACGGUCCAAGCAGUACCAGCCCCUCAGAGACGACGGCGACGGCGACAACGGGGGUCGAUCGGCUGUGACGUCGGUGCCUUUGCUGUUGUGGAACCUGAUCAGCCGACAGUCACCGGGAGAAAGCCGCCCGCUGCUGCAGGGGAGGAUUGUGUGAAUAUCACACUCGGCUCGUGAGCUCAACAUUUACAGCAUCCGCUGAACCCUUCACUAUUCAUUACACUCUUAUCUGUGGAUGUGCAACAACACCCAGUCAUUGUAUUCAAUCAAUGAAAUGAGCCAGUCUCAUGUACAACAAUGUGCGUAAUAAAGAUGUUGAGCCAUUUCAAGAGAAAAGUGAUAUUUAUUGACCUACAGUAUUUUUUAUUAAUGGUACCGAUAGUUUAUAGUAACCAUUACCUACUUAUACUAAACCAAUUGAUAAAUGAAUGUGUAACAAGGCACUUCAGUUCUGUAUGUAGAGCAAUUUAAAUCACUGACAUCACAGAAUCUUGUGUUCACUAUCCUAAAACGAAUAAAAUGAAACUUUACCUUGA